AUGGCGAGAGGGACGGUGGCCACGUACCUACAUGGAGUCCUUCUCCUGGCUCUGUGGAAACCGUCACUGCAAGGAGGACCUGGAGCUGGAUUUGGACCAGGUGGAACUGGAACAGGAUACGGAGGAGCCGGGACUGGGUUUCAGCCUGGUGGAGGAGCCGGGACUGGGUUUCAGCCUGGUGGAGGAGUCGGGACUGGGUUUCAGCCUGGUGGAGGAGCCGGGACUGGAUAUCAGCCUGGUGGAGGAGCAGGGACUGGGUUUCAGCCUGGUGGAGGAGCCGGGACUGGAUUUCAGCCUGGUGGAGGAGCCGGACCCGGAGGAGCUGGUGCAGGUGCCAGGGGUUGGGUCCAGGAGUGGGUGGAGGUGGAUGCGUUAAGGAGGGGCUAUGGUGGUCAAGGACCAGGUGGAGUAGGCCCAGGCGGAUUCAGACCUGGAGGAGUUGGACCUGGUGGAGUCAGUCCUGGUGGAGUAGGACCUGGUGGAGUCGGACAAGGAGGUUUCAGACCCGGCUCCUUUGGUCCAGGAGGUGGUGGUGUAGGAGUCGGCCCUGGAGGUGUUGGGGCCGGUGGAAAGUCUCCAAAAACUGGUAAGAAGGUGGCUACGGUGGUCGUGGAGGAACAACCGGAGGGCUUGGAGCAGGACAGGGAGCUGGGGGCUACGGACCUGGAGCUGGAGGAGUUGGUGCAGGUGGAUUCCAACCAGGCCGGACUGGUACAGGAGCAGGAGGCCUCGGGGCUGGAACAGGCUACGGACCUGGAGGUCAGUGGAGGUGUAGGAGGCUAUGGAGGUGGUUAUGGACCAGCUGGUGCUGGUCAAUAUCCAGGACCUGGCGGAACUGGUCCCAAACCUCCUAAAACAAGUGGAGCUGGAACAUCACUCGGUGGAACAGGUUAUGGCCCUGGUGGUGCCGGAGCUGGGCCUGGGGGAGCAGGAUAUGGGCCUGGAGGUGCAGGGGUUGGGCCUGGGGGAGCAGGAUAUGGGCCUGGCGGUGCAGGAGCUGGGCCUGGGGGUGCAGGAUAUGGGCCUGGCGGUGCUGGAGAUAUGGGCCUGGUGGUGCAGGAGUUGGGCCUGGGGGUGCAGGAUAUGGGCCUGGCGGGGCUGGAGUUGGGCCUGGGGGUGCAGGAUAUGGGCCUGGCGGGGCUGGAGUUGGGCCUGGGGGAGCAGGAUAUGGGCCUGGCGGUGCUGGAGUUGGGCCUGGGGGAGCAGGAUAUGGGCCUGGGGGAGCAGGAUAUGGGCCUGGCGGUGCUGGAGUUGGGCCUGGAGGAGCAGGAUAUGGGCCUGGCGGUGCUGGAGUUGGGCCUGGCGGUGCAGGGGUUGGGCAAGGUGGAGACUGGUACCGCUGGGGGAGGCCCUGGAGGGAAGAGCGGUGGAAAAGCAUCAAAACAAGUUCCAGGAAUAGGAGUGCCUGGACUCCAUCAAGGAGGAUUUGUUCCAGGCCAAGGUUUUGGAGGCCGUGGUGUUCUCCCUGGAGUGGCCACAGGAUCUGGACUUGGGCCUCAGACUGUACUCGGCCAGGGUGGUGCUGGACCAGGAGGAGCAGCCAGUCAGUUUCUAAAGCCCUAA